ACUCAGGAAGGCACAAUGUACUGGGUAACUGAUGAGAUGUAGGGUGCACUAUCCAAGUCAAACUGAAUUGAGGCUUUCAGAAUCCUCUGUGCGAACUUGGAAGUGCCUCUGCUCUUUUUGCAACUGCUUACAUGUCUGGCGAGGUGACAGAUCCCUUUUGAAACACCAGUAGCGUUUUGUGUUACAUUGAAUUUGGCCAACAGGAGCAUACUCAGUGACUGUCACAUGAGUUCUUCAAGGAUAAUGGAUCCGAAGGUGGGAGAGACUGAAGGAGACGGAGAGGACAAUUCAGGAAAGAAAAAAUCAAAGUUCAAAUCUUUCAAAAAGUUUUUUGGCAAAAAGAAAAGGAAAGAGACAUCGUCGUCUGGGAGCAGCAGUCUGAAGCUAUGCCAGUCAACAAGUGAUGUCGCAGCCUCUCACAACAUGCAUAUUAAUUACGACUCUGAAGAUGAGCUUGAGAUGCAUAAAGGCAUUAUGGGAAGCAGAGCUUUGUCACAUGACAGCAUUUUCAUCCCUGAGACUGGGCAAGAGCCUGCAAGGCCAGUAAGAGUGUUUUCUCAAGAAAACAUUUCCGAUGGGAUUAGAGCUUUACAGCGGAAACUCCAGCCUACCAUGAAACUGGGACCUCCACCUCCGUUUGGAUUUCAUGCAAAGCGAACAGAGGAUGCUGGUACCAGUUCUGAAGAUGAUGGAUUACCCAGGAGCCCUCCAGAAACAUCUUUACUCCAUGGAAACUUUAAUUCAGGCACAGCAGCAAAAUUCUCUGAUUCUCACAAGCACCUUAGCUCUUUGAGUUUAGCUGGAACAGGCAGUGAAGAAGAAGAACAGGUUACAUCGAGUCCUUCUUCUAGAUCUCGCUCUACAGACAGUCAGCUGUUCCCUAAGCAUGGAAAUACUAAAACUGAAGCUCCCCAGAUAUCUGACAGUACCAUCUCACCCACAGCCGAUUUUGACACUCCACCUGAGUUUUCCUCUUGCUUGGAUAAUUCUGCUGCUAAACACAGGCUUUUAAUAAAACCCCGGAACCAGAGGUCCAGUAAAAUGAGAAGAUUUUCUCAGAGGACCCCAUCAGAAUCUCUGACUGAUUUGAGCUGUACCCCAGAAGAAGAAGAGGAUGUUGAAAAAGAGAUGCACACAGACUUGCCAGAUGCUGUAUUCAAACCCAGCAGACAAGAACUGCCAUGCAACACAGCUGCAGCACAGGAUGUGGCUUCCUGCUCAAAGCUCAGAAUGCCUGAGGACCUUCCCCCUGCUUUGAGAUCAGCAAUGACUCAGCCUGCUUCUGAGUCUGCUGUUGUACAGGAAGCCCUGCUACGAGAGAAUAAACGAGAGGGCUCCCAACCAACACUGGAAACAGUGUGUGUGAAGUCUGAGUGCCCAGUGCUGUUAGAAGGCAAAGACUCUGCAACUUCUUCCUACUCCAGUCCAGAGAGUGAAGUACAAAAGCAAGAACACUCCUCAGAAACACCAAUUCUGUUGUCUGGGCAUGUGAGAAAUGUGUCAAUCAAUAUUUUAAAUCAAGAAACCAAGGAGCUUCCUUCUGUGUGUUCAGUAAAUAAAAUACCACCUGAAGAAGAUAUUUCUGUAAGUAAGAAUAGCAUUUGCUUGGAAGGGUCAGAAGAAAAUAUACAGCAGGUUGAUCACAUACCUGUGGAAAUGCCCUGUAAUAAAGAGGCAAUGAAAGAGGUUGCUCUACUCUCAGAGUCUAGCAAGCACAUAGGUUCUUUACAGCCCACAGAUUCAUUCCAUGUUUCACAUCCUGCUUCCUCAACGUGGAUGGAAUCAUCUGCUUCCUGCUCUCUAGAGAAAACAAAGACUGCACAAGAGACAGCUGCUUCUGGUAAGGAGAACAGUCAGUCAGUGGGACACAAGGAGGAACUUUUGGAGGAGAAAGCUGAAAAAGCAGCCAAUGAACUCAGUGCCUCGAGAAAGUUUUCUGUCUCCUCUGCAAGGGAGAGACCAAGGACCAGAAGUGUACACUUCCCAGAAAGAUCAGAGUUGGAAAGCACUUUAAAUACUGGAUUCUUCCUGUCCAAAGUACAGGUCUCCUUGAGAAAUGAGAAGUGGAAAGAAGACUUGCAGAAGGGACCAGAUCUGGAGGAGGAAAAAAGUAGCAACAAAACCCAGGCAUUGCCGCCAGAGUCCAGCUCUGAGAGCACAGGCCAGCCUAGAGACAUUUCAGUUGGCUGCGUUUUGCCAUCUAUUGAUGUGGGGCUGGCACCAAGCAACUCUUCAGAGGUAUCUCAGAAUCAGCCAAGCUGUGAAUAUAGAAGUCCUUUUCAAGUGAAACUUAGAUCCACCUCACUGUCCUUGAAAUUUAGAGAGAACUCAUCACCAGAAUCAAAAGGAGUUAAAAGAUACAGUGCAGAGUUUAAUUUAGAAAAUGAGGGGUUGAAUUCCAUUCUAAAAGGAGAUAAGGCACAGACCAAAAAACCAGCUGAUACAAAUGUUGGUGAUUCUUUAAAUGAAAAGAUCAAACCCAAAGCAAAGUCCUCUGAACAGCUCAGUAGCAAACCUCCAUUGCCUAAAAAGCCAGCCCUGCAAAACACAACACUUUCAAAUACUACUGCAAACAAGGAGAAGCAGGACACAGCUAUUUGCUCUCCCAGAAACAAAGAUAAAGACUUGGAGAAAAAGACAAAUCCUUCUCAAGUGUCUGAGAGAAGUGUGCCUUCCGCCGUGGCUGCUGGAGACUCUGGAAAAGAUCCCAAUACUCCUGUGGAGCCAGCCUGGAUUUCCAUAGCGAGGCAAAAGCAGAGGGGCAUGCAGCAGGAGCAGGAAUUCAACAGAGAGAAACUUGUGGCUCUGGAUGUUAAGUCAGAUACAGAGAAACAGAACAAAGGGAAGGAAGAAACAGAGGGGCCAGUGAAGCAUCAGUGGAGCAAACCUUCACACUUGGCACCUAAAACCACUUCUGAAGAACAAAAGAAAGAGACGAAACCUGAAGGGAAAGAGUCGCUGCUGAGAACCAAUACACUGUUGCAUUAUGUCCCGGUAGCUCCAUCACCAGCAGUGGUGGAUAAAGAGGAAAUAAGCCACCUGAAGAAAGCUAAUAAUGCUGCUCCAGAUCAACCGUUGUGGAUGGAACUGGCCAAAAAGAAAUCGCAAGCUUGGAGUGAUAUGCCACGGAUUGUAAAAUAGAAUGAUGAAGACAGAUAGCAUCUUUCAUAAUUAAGUCAGCUACAUAACAGAAUUUCUACAGACCAGCUAAUCACCAUGGAGAAUCUCUUGAUACAGGAGAAGGAGUUUAUUACACAGCUGUGGAGAAAGUGUGCAAUAGGUGCAGUCAAAAAGUUUACCUUCAACUUUGUAGCAAUCAGGAUUUCAAUAGUUAGCAAUAGAUUGCUUAAAUUAUGCUAAGGACAUGCUGAUACUUUGGAAAAGAAAACUUUUGCUUUACUUAUUUCCUGUGUUUUCUGCAUUAAAUUGACAUUUGCAUCAAAACAGGAUCUUUGCUAAACUUUGCUGAGCUUCUUUGUUGCAGGAUAUUUUUAUUUGUUCUCUCUGUUUACAUUUAUAGAC